AUGGCAGAAACUAACUAGGAUUAAUAAAUGGAAACAAAGAUUGAGGAAUAAAAAUAAAACUAAGAUAAAAAGAAGACUAAAUAUUAGAAAAAAAAUAAGAAAAAUACACAUCAAGAAGAAUAGAAAUAAAAUAAUUCUGAAUAAUAGGACGAAUAAGAAGAUAAUAAUUAAGGAUUUAAAAUAUAUCCCCAUAAAGUAGAUCACAAAUUUAUCAGUCAAGUAGAUUUUGCAUAAUUUGACAAACUAUUUAACAGCGAUAUAGAGAAAGAUCAACAAGAGGCAGUUCUUUAUUUAAAAGCAUUUGUAAAAGAAAAAAAGCCUACUCUUAUUAACUUUUUUGAUAUUUUCGAUCACUAUUUUAAGAAAGAAGAGAAUAAAGGUUUGCUCGAAAAAUCUGUCUUGAAAAUGUUUACUAUCUUAAAAUGCCUUUCUUCUUUGCAAGCAAAUUCCAUAAUAUACAAGAGCUUUUUUUGUGUUAUUCAACAUAAUUCUGUUAAAAUACCUGAUUAAGAUAAAUAAUACAUGGAAGAAAUAACUUAAGCCUGGAAAUACGUUCAUACAGACUCUUUAAGUACCUUCCUCACGAUCUUUGAUAUAACAAACUAAAUUAAGAAAAAAGAUGUUAGCUAAGAAGUUAAAGAUUUGAUUGUGUUAUAAAAGUACUAAGAAGCAGUUAAAAUAAUAUCCGUCUUUUCAAACUAUACCAGCGAAUUAGCUCCUCAAUUAAUUCACUCAUUAACUAAUAACAAAGAUGCAAGCAAGGCUGCUGAUAUGAUAAAAUAAUUUAAAUUGAAUCCUAAUAAUUUCCCAGAAGUAGAAAUUAGACUUAAAAAAAUGAGCAUGAGAUAUAAUUUGAGAACUUACAGCUGGGAGUUUGUUGCCGAACUUUUUAGAGAAUAAAAAGAUAUUUUGGCUUAUGCUGUAGAAGAUCUUUUGUACAAUAAAUAAUAUAACGAAGCCUACUCAAUUUUAAAAUCUGAUGAAUAAAUUAUAAAAUAUGUCCAUAAAAAGGAAUCAUUAGAAGCAUUAAAUGACCCUUCAAUUAAAUUUGAAGUUUUACCAAAUAAACUCUACACAAUGGAUUACUUUAGUCCUUAGUCUGAAAACAUAGGUUUGGAACCCGAAGGAACUCAUUUAAAUUUAUCUAAAGAUUUUGGCAUAACAAGGGAUAAAGUAUUUUUUAUAAAUAAUGUAAAAAGCUAAGAUUUUGAAUUUGCAAAGAAAGAAUUAGAAAGUGCUAAAUAAAUAGGUUUAGAUGGUGAAUUUAGACCUGCUGUAACAAAAUUAGAUAACAAUUCUUAAUCACUUGCAUUGUUGCAGCUUGCAACUUAAAACUACUGCUUCUUGUUUGAUCCUAUGGCGUUAAAAAAUGAAAAAGAAUAUGAAUUACUUUAAUAAAACAUUUUCUAAAAUCCUAAUAUUUUGAAAAUUGGGCAUACAAUAUCUGGGGAUAUCAGCAUGGUAGCAUCAUAAUUAAAUGGAUAACUAAACUUUAAAGGUAGCUUAGACUUGGCAAAGCUCCACAAAGUUAAAAACCCUGAAUAAAAAUAGAGCUCUCUUUCUUUUAUAGCAAAAUUCUAGUUAGGAAAAGCUUUAUGUAAAGGCGAACAGACUUCUAAUUGGUCAUAAAGACCUUUGAGAGAAGCUUAAAUCCACUAUGGCGCCUUAGAUGCAUAUAUAUCAAUAGCCUUAUACAACAAAUACAUUGAAUUAUAUGGCGAAAAGGAUUUAAAUUAAUUUGUUGAAAGGAUUUGA